GGCAGGGGCAGGGGCAGGCAACAUGGUUGUAACUUGGUUGUGACUUGUACGCAGUCAGUGCCAACUUCCAACUUGCAAGCAGUCAGUGCCUGCGCGGAAGCGCUGCGAGCACUGUGAGUGGUGAUUGGGCAAAGGCAAGGACAUAGUAGAUAGUAGGUGCCGGAGUGUGAUCACUUUUUUUUUCCUCUGUCCGUCCGUACGUCGGCGACAGCGUGCCCAUCCGCAAGCGCCGAGCUAUGAAGUCGAGGGGUGCAAAAUCUACAGACUGAACCACGCAAGCAAGGCGUGUGUCUUCGUCGUCGACUAGUCGAGGAGUUGAUUUGUCGUCGCUGUUGCUGCGUCGAUGCGGUGGGGUGACCGCCGCGUUGUUCGAGCGACGGAGGAGGAUUUGUCUGCUUGCCUUCAUCAAGGCAGAGAAACAUCAGGCCGCUCGUCCUUCAACAUCCGGUCGCAUCAGGCAUUCCGUGCUAGGAAAAAGGGCGGGAAAUUUUGAACCUGUGUGAGCUCAAACUGCUGCAGAAAAGUUAAAAAAAAUAUGACGUACAUGUAACAGUGGGCGAGAUGCAUUAGUCUUUACUAUCACAGAGAAUACAUCUUCCCAUGAGUUGCACGGCAUACUACAAUCGUCACCCUUCCGCCUAUCUCUGCCUGGAAAGUGACUACCAGUAGUAUAGCUAGGAGGUGUGGGUGAUGAACUGCCGACAGUGCCAAGGCGAAAUCCUCCAUAAAUUUUGCAGUCUAACUGGAACUUAAGUUCUUUCUCGGAGAUUGGGCUUUACCGACCCUGAACUUCAUUUGGCAAACAACUUUCUUUUCAUUUUUUUUAAUUUUUUUUUAAGGGGCCCGGGGGGCUUAGGGGGAAGAGAUCGUCUCCAGUUCAACAACUUACAGGUGAGAACUUUCUGUCGGCGAAAGGGGGAGGGAUACGGUUUUAGGAAAUGGCCGCGCUCGGUGUGAAGCCUUCAUCGCCGGCUUCGAAGGCGGUCUCCUUUUCGGCGGUUCUUGCGCUUGUCAUCCUCUUCACUGCAAAAUUCUGUGCUGCUGCUGCUACAAACACAGUGGAUGGUGCCCUUGCUCAGCAUGGGGAUGAACUGCUGCCUCAUCAGCAGCACACAGCGCCUAUCGUUACAACCGCCAAGUCAGGAAAUGCAAGGCGGCUAGUCAGCCGCUCCAGACAAGCUAACGAAGACAGUGGUGAUGGAAAUGGCAGUGGAAGUUCUCAUGAGGAGCAUCUUCCCGGCGAUGGUACUAACAGCGAUCAUAUGGAUAACAACGGCGAACAAACACCCUUCUACGUGUCGAGUGCGAAGUCCGCCAUCAGCUGUGCGCGCCUUUUCAGCCUGGUGAUGUGCCAUUUGGUCGCAGUGCUGCUACUGAUUGUUCUUCCAGGAGUCCGAGAGACCGUCCUCUGAUCUGUCUGCCACAGGCAUUGCAGGCAAACGCAUUCGUUGCCCCACAUACUUGCUCCAUUGGCAUGCAUAUAUCGAAGUUCCUCGCCUCAAUCGAUAGUUACUGUAUUCAUCGUUUCAUAACAGUGGGAGCAGCACAGGCUGUAUGGGUUUCUGACCCCUUGGGUGUGAGAGUUCAGCCAAGAACAGUUGCUACACCCAUGAAUUGUUGAAAUACAGACCCCAUGUUCAAAUCCUGAGCCUCUUAGUAACUAAUCUGGCAGGUGUUUUGGCCCAUGAAUUCUUGAAAUACAGACCCCACGAUCAAAUCCUGAGCCUCUUAGUAACUAAUCUGGCAGGCGUUUUGGCCCGCCUACGAGGAGCUGUGUAUCGAGUUGCACUUGUCAUGCACGGGGAACAUCGGCAAUGCAGUGCACCACGCUCACACUUUACGACACCAAAACACCAACCUUCCCAUGUCUUCCUACAGUAGUCCUCCCACCCUGCUCCCCCCCCCGCCCUUCUCCUGUUCCUUUUUUUUUUUUUUUUCUGUUUUUGUUUUUUGGCCUUUUCCUUUUGUUCUGACUAAGUCUUUGUUGGGAUCUUCAUUGCUGCUGCCUUUUCCCAUCAAGGUUUUUGCGGCUUCAGCAAACCAGUGGCACCCCAGUCAGUAUGUCCAUACCAAAUGGCACUUGCACUUUAGCUGGCUAACAGGGGAAUGGUUUUUUUUUUAUCCCUUCUUCUUCUUUCUUUUUUCUAUCUGUUUUUUGUUAAAAAAACAGCGACGGCCUUGAAAGGAAAACAAAAUAGCACUUGCACU